CGCUAACUUGGCCAGAACAGAACAGAAGCUCAGCGGAUCUAAGAUUUCCCAUUACCAAUUCCAAUUUCGGGAUCCAAGGAUUAACACACAAGUCGCUGCCUCGAAAUCUGUAUCUGUAUCGUGUAUCUGUGUUUGUGUUGACUGGAAGAGGAAACUGGAACUGGAAUCGCUGUGGUUCUGGAAGCAGCGAGUCUGAUCGUCGUUCUUGGCUUCUUCUUCGGCUCUUCUUGGCCUUCCAUUCCAUUUCCAUUCCCGACUUCUUGGCGGACAUUCGCGGCUGCGUGAUAUUGGCCUGAUCAGUUGAGCGAUCAGUCGACGACGAAGGCUUGCAGUGAACGCGACGUGAAGUGCUGAACUCCAAAAAUUCCAAACUCCAAACACCAAACUCUCCUUCAGAGCCUACUUGAAACGCGCGUCCCCAAAACGCUGAGAGCCCGAUUCGUAUUCCCCGAUCGUCGCCAGUGGCAAUCAGAUAGUGCUCCGCGCUAACCAACCAUCCAACCAGCCGAAGAAAAGAUGGCCAAAAUCGUACUCUUCUGCCUGCUGAGCCUCUUGGCAUGCGCUGCAGGUCAACGCAUCACGACGAUCCACUUGGAUGGAGUGCAGUACUUCAUCAGCCGAAUGAACCCCUAUUCCCCGGAGCUCAACUACUUCCUGGCCUAUCAGUACUGCCGCUCCCUGGGCCUCCAACUGGCCUCCUUUGAGACGAAGGAGAAGGCCGAGUCGAUGACCACGUAUCUGAAGAACGCCGGUUACGGCAACUACGAUUUCUGGACCUCCGGCAAUCGCCUGGGCACGGGCAUGUUCCUAUGGAUGAGCACUGGCUUGCCUUUCAAUGCCACCUUUGACUUCUUCGAGAACUCGGCGGACGCCAUCCAGGCCGGUCUGCUCGAUCCAGUCGACCAUAAUAGCAACACCUCUCCCCAGCGCACCGCUCGCGACAGCAGCAGUGGCGCCGAGAAGGGAUGCGUGAUCCUGAAGCAGCCCACGCUCAAGUGGAUGCCCGAGGACUGCUCCGCCGUGAAGGACUUCAUCUGCGAGCAGACCCGCUGCUACUACUACAACUACGGCAGCAUCCCCGUCUCGUCGGCGCAGGGGCGUCCCAUCACCUCGACCACCCCAAGGACUCCUGCCUCCCUGAUGAACCUGGCCGCCACCACCACUCCGUUGCCCCUGUUGAUGUCCACCAGUGGAGCCAUGUACACCGCCGUCGCCAAGGCCAAAUCCUCGCCAGCUGUGGGCCACCGACUGAUCGAUGAUGCCAGCUCCCAGCAGCCCUCCUUCAUGUCCUUCAAACUCAACCACGAUCGCUCGCUACCGGAUACGGAUGCCACCGAUGUGGAUGUGGACGACCAGGAGCCCGAUGUGGAGGCCGAGGAGCACGAUGACCAUGAGGGCGAGGGCGAGGAGGAGCACGAGGAGCAUGAGAACUUCGGAGAGCAUGCCCGUGAGCUGGGCAACGAUAGCAGCGAUGGCGAUAUCAAGGAUCAUGUCUUCCCGCUGAGCGACAACGAACUGCAUCCCGAGAUGCACGCCAUCGAGGAGGUGCAGCAGCAGUUGCAGCAACAGGAUCAGGAUCAGGACUCGGAGGCGGAUUCGGAUGCGGCACCAGCUCCUGCGGCGGCCGAGGAAAACGAGAGUUCGCAGCAGGAUGCUGAGGAAGCCGAGGGCGGAGAAACCGAGGCGGAGAACGAAUCCCAGGUGGCUGCCGUUCAGGCCAGCGACGAACCCCUGAUCCUGCCCAGCUCCACCGAAUCCCCGGCUGCCGCCAUUGAGGAGCGCAUCAAGCAGAUCGCCCAGGACUUCCAGAAAAUGGCCAGCUCCCAGGAGCUGCAGCCCAAGGAGGAGCUGACCCCCCAAUCCUCCCUGUCCCUCAACGAUCUGAUACGCACUUUGAGGCCCAACGAGCAGCAGAUCAUCCCGCAGAUCGACUCGGACUACUCGAAUGCCAUGCGUGUCCUGGGCAAGCCACUGGUGGUUAAUAACUAGACAUGAAGGACCCUUUAGCAUAGAUUGUGUGU